GAAAGAAGAAGACUGAAAAAACUACAUAAUUUAAUCCCAUGUCAAUUAUUUAUGGAAAAAUAAUCUGAAUUACAAAUUUUAAAUGAUUAACGUUGCUAUGAAUGAUAAUUUAGCUUUAAUAAACAUAACAUUUGAUUUUGUACACUACAUAAAUUUUUAGGCAUGUAAUUUUAAACAGUUAUAAAAAUUAAUUACUUCGUAAGGUAUUUAUUCAUGAUGACUCAAUAUAAUGAAAAUAUUUCACGUUUGAUAGUUAUUCCUGAACCACCAGUAGUCAAGCCUCCCAUGUAUCGAUCAGUUUUUACAGAUUCAAUCAAAAUGUCAUUCAAAUGUAACAAAACUUGUCAUAAAACUAUGGGCUAUGCAGAGAUUCAAUUAAAUUCUCCUUCUGAAUUUUUAAAGAAACAUUCAAGAAAAGUAGUUAGACCAUUUGUGGAAAUAAAUAAAGUAAAUACAUUAAUUAGACCUUUACCAAACAAAAACAACAUUGAAAAAAUAUUCAAGAGUAGACCAAUUAAUUCAUUAGUUAGUAUUAAUGAAAAAAAAAAUAUAAAACAUAUAAAUAUUGUUGACGCUAUUCGUAAAGUCCCUCCAUUGUCUAAACAUAAGGUUCAAGAUACGAGAAAUGGACAUGUUAUUAUUCUCGAUGAAGCAGGAUUAGAACCUACGUAUGUAUCAAAAAAAACUUUCGGUAAAACUCCCGGGUAUAUUUUUAAAUUAUACAAAGAAAAAGAAAAUAAAAAAAUAUUAGAGGUUGAAAAAAAUAUGGCUAAAAAACCUGCGUUGAUGUAUAUACCUGAACAAGAACGAAAUCUAUUAUUAAAUGGUCUAAAAACAAAUUGGACCAAACUUCAACGGGAAUUUCAGCGUUUACCAAUGUUAACAGAUACUAUUAAGAAAAAAAAAAAAAAAACUAAGUUAGAAAAACAGUUAAAAGAUUUAGAAAGAGAUAUUGAUUUAAUAGAUAGAAAUCCAGUUAUUUAUGUGUGUAGAGAUGUAAAUGAUAAAGAUUAAGAUAAAGUCUAAUAAUUACAAUGUAAUUAUAAAAAAAUUACUUAUAUGCAAAAAAGCAAAAAAUUUAAUGCAAUGAAAAAAUAGAAUACUCCUGUUUCUUUACUAAGCUUUUGAAAUACAACCUAAUAAAGUAUGUGCAAAUAUACAAUAGUGUGUUCAGUCAUGUUUUAAAAAGUGAAUUAAAUAUACUUUUUA